ACGAAGAAGUGACGGCAUGUAUUCUCAAAAUGGCUACAAAUAGAUACAGAGAUCGGCGAUGUAGGAUUCAUAAAUACUGCAAUGAGCUGCAGGCGAACGGGAUUGAUCCUGUGACCCAGCCAUACAGAAAUUGGGCUGGGUCUAGUGACGAUUGGCGGUGGUUAUGUGAGCAUUUUGAAAGUGAGGUAUUUCAGCGACGAUCGGAGGCGAAUAAGGUGAAUAGGAGUAAGAUUGAUUCUAUUCACACGCAAGGAAGUGCCUCUUUUGCACAGGAAAUGAAGAGGAUGAGACUAUCCGGAGUCGACGCCUAUGCUAAAUUCUAUCAAAACAAGAGUGGUGAGUUCGUGAUCGAGGAGGCGAGGCAGCGUCAUGAAAAAAUGUUAGAAUUGAGAGAGCAGGCGACGAGAGAGGUGGGAUCUGACGGUGAUACUGGAUCGCAGCAGGUUUGUUUGAUGACAGAUGAUAUGAUUUUGGAUACCAUCCUCGGACGGCAGCUAGGAUCUGGUCAUAGCAUGCGGUCCAAAAAAUCAUGCAGUUCGUCAUCCGAUCGGUCUGAUGAUGCAUCGGUGUCAGAGGCAGUUAGGACAUCCAUGAGCAUGAUGCAAGAUCAGAUUAGUUACCGAAUGAAUCGUAGUCAGACGCUCGAGAGGAUAGUAGCUGCGGUGGCGGGACGGCUCGGUAUUGAUGCUUCUGAGUUAGCACCUCUACAGUCACAUGAUGCCGCCUCUGCACCACCAUCGCGACACAUAUCGGGUCAGGGAUCGACACCUGGAGAAGGGAACGAGGCCAACGAGUCAGAUCAUACCUAGUUUGUAGUUAUUUUAAAUUUAAAAUGGUGUAUGGACUUAUAUUUUUGUAUAUGACAAAGAUGGUUAUGAAACUUUUUGAUACUU